AUGAUUUAUAGAAAACAAGUAAUAUAAUUAUUAAUAAUUAUAAGACUGAAUUAGCUAUUGAUAUUACAAAUCUUUAAGAAAAGAUUAUGGUUGUAAUCUAAACAAUAAAAGAUGAAAACAUGAAAAGACUUAAUAGUUUUAAUGAAUAAUUUAAAUAAUCCUUCAAAAUAGAAAAUAGUAACUUUUAGUGAUUAUUUCAUUAAAAUUCCUUUUAUUAAUUUAAUCUAUUUCAAUAAUCUAAAUUAUUAAUUGCUUUGAGAUUAAAUUGUAGAAAAAAUUCUAUUAAAGUCUUUCAUAUACUGUAUCACAUUAAAAGCAAACAUUGAUUAAUUAUUUCUGUUGUCUAAAAAGAUAUUUUAUAAAUCAAAUUAGAAUUCAUUUUUAUAAAAAAUGGCAUCUUUAAAUAUUUUUGAUGCAUAAUCGUUUUUAUCAAAUUUACAAAGUCAUUUAAAUAAAAGCAAAUAACUUUCAUAAGGAAAUGUUCUAUCAUAUUAAAUUUUAACUGAUUUAUAAACUUUGGCAAGAUUUUUAUUACAAAUGAAUAAUUCUCUUCCAAAUUAUGAUUAACUUAAAAAUCCAUAAACAAAUAUAUUAGAUUCAGUAGUGAAUGAAGUAGAAUUUGUAUUAAAUAAUGUUGUAUCAGCAAGAUUAUGUUCCUUCUGUUAGUUAUAAAGGAUUAUCUUAAAUUUAGACAGGAGAAAACAAUUUGUAAUUGUAAAUGGCAGCAAAAAAUAUAGAUAAGUAAUAAAUAUAAUCAAUUUGGUUUCUAAUUAAAACCAAUUAAAAAAUUUACAAUAGGAACUUAAUUAACAUGUAUUUUAUCAAUUUGAGAUAAUUUAUUUGCUAUUAGUUCAUAAAAUGACAGCCAAUUAAGGAUGUUGGAAGGUACAUAAUAAAAAUUUCAGCAUUUUUUGGUCACUGCUAAAAUAUUAUAUAUCUUCAAAAGAUUUAUAUAAAUGA